CCUCGUCCCCACAUCACCAGCUUUCCUCUUUCUCCGCCUUGCCGACUGCCUUGCCGUGUAUUCACUCCGCGCUAUCUUCCGAGUGCAAAUCUCAUCUUCCGUCGAUCUACAUCGCGUCCUCUUUUACAGAGCACACACAAAAUCACAACCUUGCACCGAGCUUCCGUCCUCGACGAGGGGUGGCUACUUGCUUGACAGGAUAUCUCCUUCAUAAGCACUUGUCCAGUGCACUGCCUUAGCGUUGCGUCUACACCCUCACCGCAUUACGGAAUUACAUGGCGAUCUAAGGUCUCCCAACCUCAACAAUCAAGAUGUCUGGCAGGAGCGCCUAUGUGCGCAAGGAGAAGACAAAGAUCAAGGAUGGCGGAACAUCGUCUGAAGGAAACUCCGAGAGGACAGGCACAUCUAUCAGUGACUUCCCGAUGCCAACGCACUCUCCAUAUGACGCUGAGCACAUGUACCCGAACAGCAGUGAGAUCUCGACUAUCAUGUCAGUCGGCUCGGAUGACCUUGCCUAUGCUCGUGUACGCAAGCCCCAUGUACCAGUCAUCGAGGUCUCCGGCAUUGAGAAGUCAUCUUUCAGAUCGGUGAUGGACAAGAAGAGUGAGAGUUUUAGGAAAGGUCUGUCGAAGACAUUUGGGGGCAAGAAGAAGAAGAAUGGUGACUCGGACGGAAGACCGCAGACAUCUACCACGUUUCGUCCGGAAUCCCAUGAGCUUGAUUCUGGCGACUACAUCCCCCCUUCAUUCAAGGCCCGCCAACAGCAACUCAGCGAACCAGACUAUGUUCGACCAGGCCCACCGCAGACGAAACUCCCGCCUAUUCCACAAGGACCCGCUUUGAAACGAUGGAUUGGAGGUGGUCGACCCCCACAAGCAUGGAACAAGCUUCGAAAGGAUCCAGAGCUUUGGGACCCCAAUGGCGACACUCUAGUCUUCCUCGGUCCGGAGACUCGCCCGUCAGCUCGACCACCGCCUUCCUUUCGGCUGUCGUCCCAUGUCCUUGAAGCUACGGAGUCGAGACACCUUCUUUCUCUGCUCCGUGAAGGUGCUACCGAUGCAAACUCCUUCGGCAUGCCGCCCUCCCCUCUUAAUUCUCCAGGCAUGAGAUCGAUUCAGCCGGCACGCCAGGGAUACCAACACACACCUCCGACCUCCGAUGAAGGCAACAGCAGUUAUGACAUGUACGACGGGCAAAUAUCCUAUGAGAUUUCCUUCCCAACGCCGACCAAUAAGUCACAGACCGAAGCCAUUCGUCACAAUGUCACCACUCGAAAUGUCUUCGCUGUUCUGUACCAAGCUUCGUUAGUUGGCCUCAAUCUCUACCAGGCUUUGGAUGACCUUCGUGAGCGCCUCGAGUCUUACAUGCCAUCGACAGACCCCAUCGGGAUGCUUCUUGAAUACGUUGUCGGUAAAGGCUUUGACAAUGUCCGAGAAAAUCCGUCCAUGGCUGUAGCCAUGCUUGCCUGGUCCGAGAGUCCUGGUAUUCGCUGGGAGCAAGGAUGGAGAGAAUCAUUUGUCCAUUGUGCUGGGAUGUACAAUCGGCUUGAAGCCACGCCCGAGUACAAAUACCUCACCCCGGUUACCAGGUCGCUCCUUGAUGGAAAAAGCUUGGAGGUCUCGGUCCGCGUUGGGGGCUGUGAGGAACGCCUCAAGGACUUCGACUUUCUUGACCAGUGGCGACCAAUGCAGGACAAUUCACCUAGCCGAGCAGCCUUCCAACGAUGUCAAAAGUUUCUCUUGCAGCACUAUCGAAACUCCUAUGAAUCUUGGCCUCCGUCUGCGCCUCAUGGACAUGACCUGUGGCUCCACAGAAACCUGACCCAAAAGCUACAGAGUGACUUUGGUGCGCUAUAUGAAUACUUCGUUAAUCGAGACGUUAUUUGGGAUGGCUCGGAGGAACGAAGCGGCCGAAAGUGGAAUCUUGUCAAUUACGGAGACGCCUCUUUCCAAGCAGAUACGGCCGAUUGCCCCUUCACUGAUAUCCUUGUUGCUUUCGACAAUCUUCACAAGUACCCACACAUCCCUUGCCCCUAUCCGCUUGUUCCCGACACGUUACCGCAGAGAUCCGAUUCGAAGGAGAAUCUUCUCAAGAUGAAGAAAUCGGCCGCAAAGCCCCAGGAAGACAAGAUGGCAGAGCGGAAGGCGGCAUUGGCUUACACCGAAUCAACCAAUAUCUACAUCUUGGGAUCAGAUUUCGUCAGCAACGACCUGGUAGAUGCGUUCAUUAAAUUUGAAAAGGGUGAUAGAGCCGGUGAUACUGAUCCGUACGCUGCUCGACGAGGCCGAUGGGUUCUGAUCUAUUUCAUCCUGCAAACCUUGGCGUCUAUCUCCGUCGAUACGCCGCACAUACGCUACGUCAAUGACGUUUCCUACCACAUGAGCCCUAAGCUUCGUGGCACUCCCCCUUGGCUCGCAAUGGGAACUAACCAGGACAUCGAUGAGGCAAGCCACGUCCGUAGCCACUGCUGGACCAUCCGUUCAACUUGGCCACAACAUCACACUCCUCCCCUUAUCAUGGGCACGACCCGCCGAAAUGCUCACCAUUCACACUCUGUUCGAUCUGCUGCCCCAUCGGUGGCUUCUAGCGAUGCUGAGGGCUCGGUCCGUUCUCCAACCAUGAGCUCUGCGACCGCUUCAAUCACGGGCAAAUCGAGACGUAGCCAUCGGAAGGACAUUACCGAGCACCAGCUCCCUCCAUACACUGGUUUCUCCUCUCACAAUGUUGACGAGUGGCCAAUCAAGGAGGAAGACUUCUCUCGCAAUAGACCCCAAAAGGAAUUCCUCAUCAAAGAUUUCGAUGAUUACCAAUUCUAAAGGAGGGGAGCUUUGGAGGGAAUUUUUCUAAAUGAGAUCCUGGGAGGCAUGUUUGUUUCUGAUUCAAUACCCAUGGCUUGCUUAUGGAUUGCCCUUUGUCUUUUCAUUUUCGGU